AUUCGUGCUUGUGUGCUUGUGCGUGUGAGGCGCUGCCCGGCCGUUUGUCUUUUACCAUUGGAAAGGGACUGAGGAAAAGCCCGACCGUCCGUCCCAAAGCUUUGCGAACGAACAUAGUAGCAGUUCAAUAAAGCGGCAAGAUGGAUGCACGAUUCAGAAGCAACCUCGAAAUGAUCGGACGUAACGAACCGAUUACAAAAAAAGCAAAGUUUUGGCAAAGCUACGUUCGUGCUCUUAAAGGCACCGAUGAUAUGAGAGCACCCGAUUACGUUCAUAAACCUCGCAGUAUUUUCCGAACGGAUUAUCCAGAUUUACACACCUCAUGGAAUCCUUUUGGAAAGUCCAUCUACGAUGAUCCAUCUCAUGCUGCUGAGCGCAUUCACUCCCCUGGAUACAGGUACCUGCCAAUGCACCGCGAAAUCUACGGAUAUACGCCAAGGCAGAUCUACCCCCACCAAUACAAACCAAUCGAACGCUUCGUCCCCGCAAGACCCUUCGAUGCAGACAAGGCAUGGAACGAUCAUCUGGAUCGUCUUGGUAACAUUGACAGAACGUACCCACACUAUAGCCCAGUAUCUCGUUACUCUCAUCCAUUAUCUUUGUCUUCAAAACCGGUCUUCGAUAUUCACGGCAACGUUCUAUCCGACCUCCUGCCACGAAUUCCAACGUCGCUGCUGUCGGGCGUUCGACCCCUCCUAGACCUACUCAAUCCCUCCCCCUACAGACCAAUCAGCUCCUUCACUAGGGAUCCUUCAUGGUACCCGAGCUUCGCCCCCUACAUCCCUUACUACGCUCAACGGAGGGAGCCCUUCUUCCUGAGGGACAGCUACCUGAGCCCGAUUAAGCGCAGAUAUCUUUGGAGCAGACAUCCGCUCAGGUCUUUCGGAUCUUCUUAUUACUAUUAUUCGCAGCCUGUUCCAAUCUUUCACUUUACGAGCCCUUGGUACAAUCAUCAUUGAAAAUUGAACCCGAUAUUACUACUAGAAAUUCUGCGUCGUCCUACAUCGGAACACGUAAACACGUAAACAUAAAAACAAAAUUAAUGAUUGACAAUUGUCACUACUCCAAAAAUCAAAAAUACUAAGUUUACAGAAGAAGAAAUCUGAUGUAAUGAAAUAAAAAAAAAAAAAAAAAAAAAAAAAAAAAAAAAAAAUCACUCGAUAACACAAAAAAAACAUUUUCUUUCCUCACAGUACAGUUUCGUAAACGGAAUUUUAUUUAUUAACAUUGAUCGUCAUGUAAAUACUGUGCGCA